AAAAUGAAGUCCAAUGACAGGCUUAGCUGACUACAGAAUUGGUGAGGCUCGUAUCGCAUUUCUUGUGACGUGUCGUGGGAUUAUCAGCGGUUGCAUGACACGACCAAGAAGUAAAGAAUUUUCAUCUUAUGCUGAAAGGCUGUCGCAGUUUGGGCCUGGAUUAUCCUAGGAGCCAACCACCAAUGGCGUACUCCAUUUUGUAUCAUAUCCUGCAACUUGUAGUCAUACUGAUUUCAAUUGUAAACAAAUCCGUGUCACACACGGCAAGAGAAGUUUAUCAUUACGUUGCAGAAGAUCCAGUCCCGGAUUUUGUUCUGUGUCGUGAAUGUGGUGGUGAUUUGGCUGAUUCUCACUACCUAGUAAAUCGACUAAGCCCGGAAGCUUUAAUAAAAAGUAACCAGACUCUAUUUGGCAGAGAAGAAAUAGAGGUUCAGCUCUUGUCGAAUCCACUGGGGAUUCAGUUUUAUGUAUUUACUACAUCGUCUGCUAAGUGCGUUAGCAUUGGUGAAAAUUGGCACAACGACUUUUCCUGGUUUCCUGGAUAUGCCUGGAAGCUUUGCUUCUGUAGUCAAUGUGGAUCCCAUGUGGGAUGGAUGUUUGAGCCUUUGAAAACGGCGACGGAAGAUAGAAGUUUACCAUCAGCCGAAGGCUUCUAUGCAUUAGUACUGGACAGUGUAAUAAGUGAAACUUUUUCUAACUCGUUAUUAGUCGUUCCAAAAUUAUAUAGGAAUUAAUAUAU